AUGCGCCGAUGGGUGCCUUCGCUCGGCCUCCUGGCAUACCUUGCAGCAGUUGUCCUGGGGAAUGAAGUUCAAAUUAAACAAGAUGAUGAGCACCGCCAGCGAUGUUCAGGGAUGUACAGCCGGAAAUCUUGGGGCGGGUCAAUAGAUCCCUUCAUCCUCGUCAAGUUCCUCCCAGACCACACCGAAGACGACUCGGACCCAAUCGCCAGCCUCAUAAUAUUUGAGUGGGAAGAUGAGCCGUUGAUAGGCAGGAUACCGCCUGGCGGGGAGUCCUACCGAGAUCUCGAGACAAUAUGCACCACGGACGCGGUCGCACAAGGGUUAUGUGAAGAGAAGGAUAUCGGCGCGUUCAUACUGGCCCCUAAUGCCACCGAAGCCUCGAGGAACCCGAUCUCGAACGAAGCAAUCCAUUUGAAAGACCCGAAGGCUAUCAACUACCCCAUCCGUCGAACGGGCUACUAUUGCGUCUCAACCUACGCUUUCUCAGAUCACGAGUAUAACGGAGUGGUGACGUUCAGGAACUCAUACGGUGAACUGCCAGCGGCUCAAAUCGCCAAACUCCCAUUCUACGGCGGCCUCACUAUUGUCUACGCCGUGCUGGGUAUAUUCUGGGCGUUUCUCUACUUCCAGAACCGCUCUGAUAUCCUCCCGGUGCAAAACUACAUCACUGCCAUCAUCAUUUUCCUGAUUGUCGAACAGCUGAUGACCUGGGGAUUCUACGACUAUCAAAACCGCCACGGCAACAAUACGCUCAACAAAGUCUUCAUGAUCAUCGUCUCGAUCCUCAACGCGGGGCGAAACUCGUUCUCUUUCUUCCUGCUCCUGAUUGUCUGUAUGGGCUAUGGAGUAGUGAAACCCUCUCUGGGAAGGACCAUGAUCUACGUCCGCAUCCUCGCUGCCGCACACUUUGUCUUCGGGGUCAUCUACGCCAUCGCCUCUAUGGCCGUCACCCCGGAAUCCGUCGGCCCCUUGAUUCUUUUCGUCAUCCUACCACUUGCGGGUACCAUGACAGCUUUCUAUGUGUGGACAUUGUCGUCUCUCAACGUCACUAUUAAAGACCUCAUUGACCGCAAACAAAAAACGAAGGCAAUGAUGUAUAAGAAACUGUCGUGGUGCAUUCUAGGGAGUGUGCUGGUCAUUUUUGCCUUUUUCUUCAUCAACAGCUUCGCGAUUGCAGGGUCGGGGUCCGCGAACUUUGUGCCAGAGCAUUGGCAGACUAGGUGGUUUGUGCUGGACGGAUGGCUGAACCUCGUAUAUCUGUUCAACAUCGCGUUUAUUGCGUAUCUGUGGAGGCCGACAGCGAAUAAUCGACGAUUUGCGAUGAGUGACGAGCUCGCUCAAGAUGACGACGGUUUUGAGAUCCGCAGCAUUGCUGACUCCAUUGACGAUGACGACGAGGAAGCCGCCAACGCACGAAAAGAUCAAGAAAGAGCAGUUCCUCCCUCCGGAGGGGGAGCAGCGACCUCCAUCACGGGCGCAAUCGCACUCGAACCUUCGCCAGCGAGGAGGCCUUCCCCAGCCCCAGCGCUACAGAAUAGUACCCAAUCCGCACCGCCUGUCAGGCCUCCGAACCCGCCGCAACCGAGAAUGUCGUUGGAUGGCGAGACCAUCUUCGCCGUCGGCGAUGACGGAAUCGAAUGGAGCGAUGGCGAGGAGGAAGAUAGCGGCGAUGAAAGGAAGAAGUUGACCGGUAAAUGA